GAGCCGCCCGCCCGCCGCAGCCGCUGUAUGGUCCUUCCUCGCGCCGCCGCCGCCGAACCCCCGCCGGCAGCUCCGCGGCCUCCAGCGCCUCCUCCUCUUCCUCCUCCUGGUUCUGCUCCUCCUGCCCCCGGCGGUGGCGCCCGCACCCCGGCUGUAUGAUCAGGCUACAGUCUUCAAUGAGUAACCAUAUUCCUCAGUUCUGUGGUGUUCUUGGUCACACAUUUAUGGAGUUUCUGAAGGGCAGUGGAGACUACUGCCAGGCACAGCACGACCUCUAUGCAGACAAGUGAACUGUAGAAAUCCAUUACUACUCCACCAAGAAGCCCCCCUAAGAG